UCUCAUUUUCUCUGCUAAUCGCCGCUAUUAAUUAGAGAGAGAGAGAAAGAGACCAAAAAUUAGCUAUUUUUAGAGAGAGAAACGAAAGAGAAUUAUGACAGCCCAUACAUUACGCUUUAAAGCGAGCUCGAAACCCUAAGCUUUGAGCUUCUCUCUUUGUUCUCUUUCUCUCCUGCUCUGUCACUUUCUCUCGCCGUCUUCUUACUUUUCAAAUUCCUAUAAUCGACCUUUGAUUUUGAUUUUGAUUUUUCCUAUUAUUUCGGCGUAAAAAGGUAAAAUUCGUCAUUUCUUGAGCCUUCACGAUUUUAGAGGGGAGAGAAGAUUUUGAUAAUUGAAUCUUCUGAUGUUUUAUUUCCAAUCGCUGUAUCAAUCUCCGGUGAAUUUUUCAUCAAAGUCUCCGUUUCCGUACUCAGUUUCCUACAUUUUCCUUCCCUCCGAUGUUUUCUUUAUAUGUUGCUUUAAUUGCCUGAGAUUUCGCCUAAAAAUUUGACUUCCAUUUGAACGAGAAAAGAAAGGAAAAUUUGACUUAGCGGGUUUUUGGAUCUGAAAGAGCUGAAAUUGUAUAAAUUUUUUCACAAUGACGGAACGAUAUAGGCCGGUUUCGAUAGAUGAAUUGCCAUCACAUUUGAUUUUAGAGAUUUUGAGCUCUGGGGGGCUCAGUGCCGUUGAUCUUGUGUGCUUAGAAUUGACUUCUAGGACUUUUGGAGGGAGCCAUGGAUUGUACCCUCAGAAAUUUCGGUCUUUGGUGGAUUUAGCGGCGUUUCAGCUGUGUGUUUCUCAUUCUAUAUACUCUUGUCUGAGUCGGAAUGCGCAGAGAGAGCUCUGUGAUCGGUGCGAUGGGAAUUGGAAGCGGGUUUUGAGGUUCUUGCUAUCUGUGGAGCAAUCUUCUGACAUAGUCGAGACAUCAGCAGGCAAUAUGCAGAUUACAACUGGAAAGUAUCACACAUUCCUAAUCAGCAAUUCAUCGGUUUACUCAUGUGGUUCUAGCUUGUGUGGUGUCCUUGGUCAUGGUUCUGAAACUACACAAUGUGUAACAUUCAGUCGGAUUAGCUUUCCAUCUUUAGCACAUGUGGUCCAAGUCUCUGCUUCUCAUAAUCAUGCUGCUUUUGUCAUGCAAUCUGGAGAGGUGUUCACCUGUGGGGAUAAUUCAUCAUCUUGUUGUGGACACAAAGAUACAAGUCGACCCAUUUUCAGGCCUAGACUUGUUGAGGCAUUGAAGGGAGUCCAUUGCAAGCAGGUUGCUGCAGGGCUUAAUUUUACCGUGUUUCUUACAAGACAAGGCCAUGUUUUUACAUGCGGGAUGAACACGCAUGGCCAACUUGGUCAUGGUGACGCGAUAGAUCGACGAACACCCAAAAUCAUUGAACUGCUCGAGGGAGCUGGCUCUGUCGUUCAGAUUUCUGCUGGUCCAAGCUAUGUGUUAGCUGUAACAGACAAUGGAGAAGUCUAUUCUUUUGGAUCAGGUUCGAAUUUCUGUCUUGGCCAUGGAGAGCAGCAAGCUGAGUUCCAGCCACGUAUAAUCCAGGCAUUUAGGAGAAAGGGUAUUCAUGUGGUUCGUGUCUCUGCUGGUGACGAGCAUGUGGUGGCCCUGGAUUCCAGUGGAUGCGUAUAUACUUGGGGUAAAGGCUACUGUGGUGCAUUAGGUCAUGGAGAUGAGAUUGACAAGACUAAACCAGAACUCUUGAGCAGCCUUAAAAGCGACCUUGCUGUGCAGGUGUGUGCACGUAAGAGGAAAACUUUUGUUCUGGUUGAUUCCGGUUCAGUAUAUGGUUUUGGUUGGAUGGGUUUUGGCAGUCUUGGGUUUCCUGAUAGAAGAGCAUCUGAUAAAGUUACGAGGCCUCGAAUCCUUGAUUGCUUAAAAGCUCACCAUGUUUCUCAAAUCAGCACCGGGCUUUAUCACACUGUGGCGGUCACGAACCGAGGACGAAUCUUUGGAUUCGGAGAUAAUGAAAGGGCGCAGCUUGGUCAUGACACUUUGAGAGGAUGCCUUGAACCAAAAGAAAUUUUCGUUCAAGAAAUGGCUGAUGAUUUUGGUGUCCUUCAAGAAAGCGUGUAAACCCAGGAUGCCAUUACCAUUUCAAUUCUGUAGGUCAGUCUUACGUGUUUGUCCAAAGUGAACAGCAUAUUAAUUUUUUUUCUAUUCCAUCAGAACAGAGUAUCAUAAAUUAUCAAUGUAAAAGAAGGAUAAAUAACUGCUGUAUUAUUAUUCUAUAAAAAAAUAUUGUAUUUCUGAAUUAA